AUGCCAUUAGACGAUGCCCGUCAAAUUUAUCAACAAAUUCCUAAUGCCACAGAGAAUUAUGGAACUUUCGAUAUACCUUGUGAAAGUAACAUUACUGUUAAAAUAAAAAUCGGUGGUGCUGAUUGGGAUAUUGAUUCUAGAGAUUUAAUAAAUAUUAAACAAUCAGAAAAUCAAAAAAUAUGCACUGGAAUGAUAAUUGGAUACUCUAAUGGUGAUAUUGCAAUAAUUAAUGAAUGGAUCCUUGGUACCACUUUUUUAAAGAAUGUAUAUAGUGUUUAUGAUUGGUAUAAUAACCAGAUAGGAUUUGCUAAAUUACAUCAGUCCUGA